AUCCAUUUACUGUGCUUGUCUUAGCAGAGAAGACUAUUACACAGCAGCAGAACUGCAAAGAGCAAGCUGUUGCAUUUGUCUCUAGUGGUGGAUGGUAAGAAUGCUAUCACAUAAAACCUAGGUGUUGGAUGGCAUAUCUAGUGCUGUUGAGACUUUGGUCUCGGGGCAGCACAGUGGUGCAGUGGUAGAGUUGCUGCCUUACAAGGCCCGAGACCCGAAUUUGAUCCUGACUACUGGUGCGGACUGCACGGAGUUUGUACAUUCUCCCUAUGACCAUGUGGGUUUUCUCCGGGUGCUCCGGUUUCCUCCCAAACUCCAAAGACGUACAGGUUUGUAGGGUAAUUGGCUUUGGUAAAAUUGUAAUCGCUGGUUGGUGCAGACUUGGUGGGCCAAUGGGCCUCUUUCUGAGCUGUAUCUCUGGUCUGAGGUCUAAAGUUAUAAUUGUGCCUGAUGCCAUAACCUGCUUCUUCAUGAAACACAGAUGUUUCAUCCAUUGGCGUUGAAUGAGUUCAAGAUAAAUGAAUUUGUUCUGCAACUUCUCUUGCUAUAUAGGGCUUCCAACUACCAACUUCCAUCACUGGCUCACCUGCUACCAUUUACAUUCUAAACACACGUCCUGCUCUACAAAGGCUCUUCACCUCUAUGUUUCGCAUUCCACCCAUGCCCGACGGCAACAGAAGAUUUUGAAUGAGUGAGAAACUGCUUCAACCCCAGUCAGAAAACGCCCCGCAGAGUACUCAAACAUGAGCCAAGUGUGGAAGGAUCCAAGGACAUAUGUAACUGCACCACCAAGCAGAAUAAAUAACUGGGCAAUUAACUAGUUAUUAUUUGGCAAUCCCUUUGCAUCACAUUGACAUGUGCAGCCAUGUUAUAACCCUCUGAUUUAUGUGUGUAGGUUGAAGUGGCAAAACUAGUAUCAAAUAAGCUGCUUCACCUUGCAGCUCUGGAUGUUGUGUGCUCAAAUCUCUUGUGCUUCCUGGCAGACGUUAUCUCAAGUUCAAUUUCUCAGUCUUAUCGAUCCACAUGGAACUGUGCUGCAUGCUUCAGUUUAUCUCCUGUAUAUCUGUCUCAAAAAAGGUCUGAAGUUUAUUUUGAAGAUAUUGUUCUGGCAAACUUUCCUGCAGUGUACAAACUGUAUCUUUUUGCUUUGAUCCCCUUUUGCUGCUGGAACACUUAAAAUCUGGACGUAACAGCAGUUUUUUGGGCAGUUAAGUAUGUGUUUCUACCUUGUUUGUACUCUAUGGCGCAAUGUGACACAAUCAAAUCAGUGUGUGUUAACCUGAUUCAAUAAUAGACUAUUGAUAAAUACCAUAAAAAGUCUAAAAAGUCCAUUUAUUUUUGUACAGCUUUCCUUGCUUACUUUUGAAUUAAACUUUUAAUUUGGAUCAGAACUUGACGCCUUUUUCUCCCCAGUGAAAAGUGACAUUUCUCAAUAUGUAAAUGAAUGUUGCUUUUACAGGAACAAGAUGCAUUCUCACUGCAGUCUCUUGUUAGUCAACAGAAACAGAUUAAGGAGGUUUAUCAUAAAAGGCAUCAUAUGCUGUUAGGUGUUCAGUCUUUUCUGAUGCACCAGCAUAACACACCAUCUGCUACCAUGUAGUGCUAUCAUUGCCUACUCAGUCAAAAAAAAAAAUCCCUACAGAUAUGUGAAUCUGUACAAUGAAAAGUCUUUCAACAAUCCCCUUUGCUUCCAGAAUUUUAUUUUAACUAGUCGUGUGUUUGAAAUCAUUUUAGCUUUGAGGCUGUCAAUUUUUUUUUUUUUUGGAGUCAAGGACAUCUGCACAGAAUGGAAGUUGGAAAGCGUCCAAUCUUUCAUCUUUUAUUUUAUUUUUAUUUGCUCAUUUGUUAUAUGGGUAAAUGCAGGAACCUGAAAUGACACUCUUCACCCAGUAAAGAAAAUCUUCAAAAAUAGUACUCUCCGUUAUAAUGCGUACAAUACCACAAAUACAAGAAUGUGUAAAGCAUAUUAUCAUUUUCAAGGGUGUAUAAAAAACACAGUGGCUAUAACUAAGCCUUCUGUCAUACCUCUGAACAUCAUAUGUAUGAUAAUGUUCAACCAUGUUUGAUUGUGAUGAGUUAACUUGUGACAUUUCUCUGUUAAAGGCGUAGCAUUAAAAUAAAUUGGAGUUAUUAGAAUCACAGAGUAAUACAGUGUGGAGACAGGCCCUUCGGCCCAACUUGCCCACAUCGGCCAACAUGUCCCAGCUACGCUGGUCCCACCUGGUCUAUAUCCCUCCAAAUCUGUCCUAUCUAUGUACCUGUCUAACUGAUUCUUAAAUGUUAGGAUAAUCCCUGCCUCAACUACCUCCUCUGGCAGCUGCUUUCAUACAUCCACCACACUUUGAGUGAAAAAGUUACCCUUCAGAUUCCUAUUAAAUCUUUUCCCCUUCACUUGAAACUUACGUCCUCUGGUCCUCGCUUCACCCACUCCGGGCAAGAGACUGUGCAUCUACCCAAUCUAUUCCUCUCGUGAUUUUAUACGCUAUUUACACCUUCCAUUAUGGCAUUGGAAACCCAGUACUGAAUUGUAAAAUUAAAAAAAAAAAAGAUUAUCAGUGUGGCAAAUAAGUACUUGAAACUAAAACCCCGGUUAUAUUUGAAGGAAAAUUUAACAACUGAUUUCCUGUUUUAUAUCGAAGUCACGUGAAUCUCCCCAAGUGGUAAGGUUUAAAAGUCGAACAGGUGAGUACAAUUGUACAACUAAUUCCGACGUUGGCCGAGGUUUGGCGCGAUGGAUAAACCUAGGGCAAAGGGGAAACGGGCUGCUGAGAAAGCAGCGGCAGCGGACCGCGGAAGUGGAAAAAGCCGACGGCCGCCCGUUUCGACUUCGAUGCUGGCAGCCGCGGGCUACACAGCAACCUCCCAUUCAGCUCCAAGAGGGAGCAGUUCGGCAACCCCGAGUCGGGGCAAGGCCAAAGCUAAAUCAGACAGAAAUGUCCAAUGGAACGAGUCUGGACAGGAAGACACUGCCCCAACAUCUACGAAAGACCGGCUGUCCAAACUAGAGUGGCAACUUGAAAAAUUGAUGGAACGACAUAUGCCCCGUGCUCAGGAGGCAUUAACAGGCGGAUCCAGCCAAAUGCCUGUAGCAGCACCUAGCUCAGGGUUGCAGUACGUCUCCCACUCUGAUGAGGGGAGUAUCGGAGAGUCUUACAGUGGUGACUCCGAUUAUGGGGAUAUCACUAAGAAAUGGGGAUCUCAUGAUUUAAUCGAUGAUAUGCGGCAGGCUCAUCAUAAGGAAGCCAUCCCCUCGGGGACAAGUCAGCCACUAGAGGAAGGGCUGGCCAGGCGCAUCGACUUCUUACUAUCUCAUCAGUUGAAUAAGGAGAUUAUGCUGGAUACGGUUGGAAAAUAUCCCACCCCAGAAAACUGCAAGUCUUUGGAUGUCCCGAAAGUCAAUACUAUCAUUUGGAAUAUUCUCAAGGACAGAGUAAAGUCAAACGAUCUAAAGUUACAACGAAUCCUGAGACUACUAUCUGCAGGUAUCACGGCCUUUGCUAGGUCAGUAGAUGGGGCUCAGCUUUCGGAAGUACAGCAGGAUACGUUGGCACUGUCAUGUAAUGCUUAUUUUGAGAUAAACUGCUUACGGAAAGAUGCCAUUUGGCCCGAAAUAAAUCCUAAAUUUGCACACUUAUGCAGGCCCAGUAAUGUGCAGCCUGCAACAUAUCUCUUCGGAAAAGAUUUCUGCAAGCAAGUCAUCCAGGCUGUUGUGAAUAUGCUUAAAACACCCUAUAAGGGUAAGGCUCCAGUACUCCGGCAAUAUCACCCCUAUAUGACAAGCAGCAGGAAUCAUUUCUCUGAGGCUGGUUGGAGUACCAGGCCUACUCAAUUUAGACCCAGCCAGAGGUCUUUUUUAGGCCUAGGUCCAUCUCGUCCACCUUGGAAGAUGCGCACACCGUACGUUCAGCCUCAGUCCCCAACAGGUCAAAAUGUCAGAGCUAAAGGAAGAAGGCCGAACAAAAUCUAGGGUCUGCUGGCUCUAGUGAUAAACCACCUAUGACCAUUGAGGGAUGCAGCUACAUCGGCGGGAAAUAAAAUGGAGGUUCCGCUGGAUCACAUUCUUGCGACAGCAGAAUGGGCAGAUGAGCGCACUUUUCAGAAGUUUUACAAUAAACCAAUUAACAGGCCUGGUUUAUUUGCUAAAAGAAUAUUGUUAUGUUGAUUAAGACAAGUGUUUAUCCCUGAGGUAAAGGGAUUGCUUCUAUUAAAGCAUGUACAUGUAUGCAAAUUAACAUCAUGUUUCAAUGAAGUAUGUUUUUUCUUUCAACCAUGUAUGGUUAAUCGACGCAGUGUGUCCACAUAUAGACUGGCUCGCUGCAUGAAACCACAGAGCUUUGAAGGCUUCACUUAGUCACUCACGCGACUUUGAUAUAAAAUAGAAAGAUGAAACGUGCCCUCCACUCCCAACCCUGAUUCUCAUAAAGAUCAUCCGCUUAGUCUAGGGUCGUUAAUCUUUCUAUAGUUUAAGUCCUGCAACUGGUUUGUGGUUUCAUACAGUUGCUCUGAAGAUUGACGCGCAUCCGGGCUGGUGGGCUCUUUACGU